AUGAAGUACAUUCUUUUCACCACUGUCUUUGCCGCUGCUUGCGCAGCUGGACCUCUCGCUCAAGUCAGAGAUCUGACUGGCUCGCCCGAGCACACGCUCAGCUAUGUCGACAUCACUCCCCCCGAGUUGGAACCGCUGAACGCAAACUUGACCGAUCUCGUCGCUAGAGACACGCUCCCCAACACCGCUUGUCCUGCUGGACAGACUUAUGACCGCUCGAUCUGCUUCAAAUCCAACACGAUUCGUAGCUUUUGCGUUGCCAACCCUCGCAGCAACCGUGAGAAGAUUACGGACACACCUUGCGGCGCCAGCGAAAUCUGUGUCCAGCGUCGCCUCAGCUCCGGAAAGAGCUACGCCAAAUGCAUUCCCGUUGGUGACCUUGUGUUGUGGAAGACAAGCCCAGACGGAAACAAGGAAGGCUGCACUUCCACGACAGUUAAGAGUGGAGGAAACCAUCACCUUGGGACAAUCGUUUAUGAUGUGAACCGCAACCCGAUCCAAGUCGACAAGAUCCGUUACCUCGGAGAACCUGGCGAAGUCGAUGAGGGAAUUGGCGGAUCGACACCCUUCUUCAGCAGCAACCUCUUCAACUUCGCAGGAGGCCAUUACCUCAAGAGUAAGGAUAUAGGAUGAAACAAUACUGC